AUGAAGUACAACACACUCCUCACCGGCCUGCUGGCUGUUGCCCAUGGCAGUGCCGUUUCCGCUUCAACUACUUCACAUGUCGAGGGUGAAGUUGUCGAGCGACUUCAUGGCGUUCCUGAGGGUUGGAGUCAAGUGGGCGCCCCCAAUCCAGACCAGAAGCUGCGCUUUCGCAUCGCAGUACGCUCGGCGGAUAGCGAGCUGUUUGAGAGGACGCUUAUGGAGGUUUCUUCUCCCAGCCAUCCUCGCUACGGACAGCACCUAAAGCGACACGAACUCAAGGACCUCAUCAAACCGCGCGCCAAGUCAACUUCAAACAUCCUGAACUGGCUGCAAGAGUCUGGAAUUGAGGCCAGAGAUAUCCAGAACGAUGGCGAGUGGAUCAGCUUCUAUGCUCCGGUUAAACGUGCCGAGCAAAUGAUGAGCACUACAUUCAAGACCUAUCAGAACGAGGCCCGAGCGAAUAUCAAGAAGAUCCGCUCUCUAGACUACUCGGUGCCGAAGCACAUUCGAGAUGACAUCGACAUCAUCCAGCCUACGACUCGCUUCGGCCAGAUCCAACCGGAGCGUAGCCAAGUCUUUAGUCAAGAAGAGGUCCCAUUCUCAGCGCUUGUUGUCAAUGCGACGUGUAACAAGAAAAUCACUCCCGACUGCCUCGCCAACCUCUACAACUUCAAAGACUAUGAUGCCAGCGAUGCCAAUGUCACUAUCGGAGUCAGCGGCUUCCUGGAGCAAUAUGCUCGCUUUGACGACUUGAAGCAAUUCAUCAGCACUUUCCAACCAAAAGCAGCUGGUUCCACAUUCCAAGUUACAUCUGUCAAUGCAGGGCCUUUUGACCAGAACUCGACAGCCAGCAGUGUUGAAGCCAAUCUUGACAUUCAGUACACAACAGGUCUUGUUGCGCCCGACAUUGAAACCCGCUACUUCACUGUUCCCGGUCGCGGUAUCCUGAUCCCUGAUCUGGACCAGCCUACGGAGAGCGACAACGCUAAUGAGCCGUAUCUGGAUUACUUUACAUAUCUUAAUAACCUCGAAGACGAAGAACUCCCCGACGUGCUGACCACAUCUUACGGCGAGAGCGAGCAGAGUGUACCCGCCGAAUAUGCAAAAAAGGUGUGCAAUUUGAUCGGCCAGUUGGGUGCUCGUGGUGUGUCCGUCAUCUUCUCCAGCGGUGAUACUGGCCCUGGCUCUGCAUGCCAAACCAAUGAUGGAAAAAACACGACACGUUUCUUGCCCAUCUUCCCUGCUUCUUGCCCCUACGUCACUUCGGUUGGCGGCACUGUUGGUGUUGAGCCCGAAAAGGCUGUCAGCUUCUCUUCGGGCGGCUUUUCUGACCUAUGGCCUCGACCCGCUUAUCAAGAGAAGGCCGUAUCAGAAUAUCUUGAAAAGCUCGGAGACCGCUGGAACGGGCUUUACAACCCUCAAGGACGCGGAUUUCCUGAUGUAGCUGCUCAGGGCCAAGGCUUCCAGGUGUUUGACAAGGGCAGGCUGAUUUCGGUCGGAGGAACGAGCGCUUCAGCUCCUGUUUUCGCAUCCGUAGUCGCACUCCUGAACAAUGCUCGCAAGGCUGCCGGCAUGUCUUCACUCGGCUUCUUGAACCCAUGGAUCUACGAGCAAGGCUACAAGGGCUUGACCGAUAUCGUUGCUGGAGGCUCGACAGGAUGCACAGGAAGAUCCAUCUAUUCAGGCCUCCCAGCACCACUCGUGCCGUAUGCUUCUUGGAAUGCCACCGAAGGAUGGGAUCCGGUGACGGGCUAUGGUACACCUGAUUUCAAGCAAUUGCUCACCCUCGCGACGGCACCCAAGUCUGGCGAGCGUCGCGUUCGUCGUGGCGGUCUCGGUGGCCAGGCUUAG